AUGGCCAAGAGAUAUCUGGCCAGACCUGCCAAACGGAAGCCGCCAACGGCACAGACACGCCGCAGAUAUGACAUUGCAGGGAAGCGGUUGUUGCCGCGCAAUCGCAAAACAACCGCACAAUUUUAUAGCCCAUCUGCGUUCGAACUUGAACUUCUACUCCAUCCAAAUCUAGAGCCGCCGCGCAAAGCAGUCUCGGCAUCUCGAGGUAGCAGUGGUGCGGACAACAAAAUAAAUCUACUACCUCCUGAGCUAUUGCUGGAUAUUGCAAAAUUAUUGCCCAUUGAAGCCCUUUACAACUUUGCACAGACAUGCAAACGCAUCGAGCGUGUCCUCCACGAGUGCCUCUAUCAGCAGCAAGGCGAGCGCCUGCUACAUUGGGCAGCCUCAGCUGGCAAGCGAGUUCCUGCUCAAAGGGCUAUCCAAUAUAAGCAACACAUCGACGUCAACUUCGUCCAGUCUGGCAAGACGGCAUUGGCACAAGCCAUCGCAAAGCAAGAGUGGUAUUAUGGCGACUUCGCCAGCGUCACAGAGCUCCUCCUGGAGCACGACUGUAUAGACUUGACUGAUGCCACGAAUGGCAUAUCCAUGCUCGAAACAGCAAUUGAAAACGGUGCUCAUCCCGUUGUUGACCGGCUCCUCAAAGAGGACCAGGGCAAGAUUGAUUGCAUCUUGAAGAAUGGCCAGACACCGCUCAUGACUGCUGCGUGGAAUGGCCACAAAGGCAUUGUCGACCUACUCAUUCGCAGGGGAGCAGACGUAAACCAGCGAACGAGCUCGAGCGCCGUUCCUAUCGGUUCUCCUCGGACGGCAUUAGCGCUCGUCAUUGGAAAGAUCAGGCCUCACAAUGUAGGCCUCCGGCAACAUGAUGACGAACUCGCCGGCGUUGCAGAGCUUCUCCUGAAGCAGAACGCGAUUGACUUGACUGAUGAAACGAAUGGCAUACCCAUGCUCAAAACGGCGAUAGAAAAAGGCGUUGCCGCUGUUGUCGAUCGGCUCCUCGAAGAGCACCAGGACAACAUAAAUAUUCUCUUCGAGAACGGCCAGACACCACUCAUUACUGCGUCACGGAAUGGCCAAAGACACAUCGUCAACUUGCUUAUCCGCAGGGGAGCGGACGUGAAUCAACGAACCGGACCGAUCACGGUCUCGGAUGAAUUCAUUCGUUUAAGACUCCAUGAUGGAUUCGGUGGCGACACUUGGACAGCCCUUGCCAUGGCCUCAAUGUAUGGCCACGAAGACGUUGUUCGUCGGUUGUUGGAAUGCGAAGCCAUUGACACCGAUGUCGUUGCAAAAGAGACCGAGACGCCUGUUUCGUCGUGGAGGCACUUCUUUGAUGAGUCUGCUCAGGAGCCGCGCGAAAGGAAAAUCUUCUCACGGCAAGGAAGUGCUCUUUUCUGGGCCGUGGUUAAGGAACGGCCUCGUUGCGUACUUGCUCUUUUGCAGUCAGAUCGUGUGUCUCUAUCAACAGAAGAGCUAACUCGGUUACAAAACAUUACCAAAUCUGCAGCAGCGGAAUUAACCAAGGUGGAAGGAGCAGGGUUGGAACUGCGCUGUAUUCUUUGGCUCCUCAAAAAGUGCAAAGGAAUGGACGAAACACGGUCCCGCUUGGCCAAAUUACAAGGUGUAACGGCUAGCACCCUUCAGGAAGUCGUGUCUAAGUAUCUAUUGAAGGACUUUUUUCAUCUCACACGGAAAAAAUUUGAUAAUUCAGAGUCGGUGCUGACAGAUGGAAAAUAG